AUGGGAGAUCGCCCUCCGAAGAGGCCGGCCUAUGAUCACUACGGCCGAGAUCGAGACUACCCUCGAAAGAAGCCUCGCCAUCAAAAUCAAGGUUCCUCGCCAUUUGCACAGCCAGCACCAUCAGUUCCUCAAGUCAUUCUUGGCGACAACUUCCCACCAGCACCCGAGAUUGAUUCGAAGUACUCUGAAAUCGUGUUCAUUCAUCCCAGCGCUGCUGCAAAGGAUUCCAAUGCUGCAAAUUCAGGCAGCUACGAUCGUUUGGAGUUUCUAGGCGAUGCUUACCUCGAGGUCAUUGCUUCAGAACUCAUUUUCGACCGCUUCGCAAAUUUACCCGCUGGACGUAUGUCCCAGGUCCGCGAGUCCUUGGUCAAGAAUGAAAGCCUUGCUAAAUUGACCGAGGCCUAUGGUUGGGACAAAAGGAUCAAGAACGCCGUUAAUCUGUCACGCGAGUCACCACAGGCGUGGGUCAAGAUCAAAGGAGAUGUGUGUGAGGCAUACGUUGCUGCUGUCGUUCUAUCCAGCAAAGGUGGUCUCCAAGUCGCCAAAGCUUGGUUGCAAACUAUAUGGGCAUCUGCCUUGGACUCAGUCGCCGCACGUGCUCCAGCUUCAGAUCAGAGUAAAGUCGAACUUUCCAAGCGAAUUGCUGGAAAGGGUGCCAAGAUCAGCUACGUUGACGACAAACCACCGAUCGUUCACAAAGGCCAGGGCGUUGAAACUUACUUCGUGGGUGUCUAUUUGACUGGUUGGGGAUGGGACAACCAGUUUUUGGGCAAUGGGAAAGGAUUAAGUAGAAAUGCUGCGGGCCAGGAAGCUGCAGCUGCCGCGAUCAACAACAAACCUCUCAUUGACGAUAUCAUGGCCAAGAGAAGGGCUAUCCUUGAUGAGAAGAAAAAGGGGGGAAUAAAUGAGUGA